UGUUUAAUCUAGAAGAAACGGAGGGAUGAGGGAGGAUGGAGUAGGCUAAGUUUUAUGCCUAAUGAGACAAAAAUGCUUUGUUGCUAUUUAUCUAAUCUCUUCUUUUCCAUCCUCAUCAAAAUGGAGAUACCGAGUGGCUCAGUUUUGGCAGCGAUAAUAUUGGUAAUAGCAACGAGAUGGAUUUGGCAAGCAGUGAACUGGUUAUGGCUAAAGCCGAAGAAAAUUGAGAAGAUUUUACGACAGCAAGGUCUUCAGGGCAAUAAUUAUCGCUUUUUUUAUGGAGAUUUUAAAGAAAUUAAAGCCAUGGUCAACCAAACUAAAUCCGCUCCUAUUGAUUUCUCUCAAAAUAUUUGUUCUCGUCUCAAUCCCUUUCUCCUCCAACAUAUCAACAAUUAUGGUAAGAAUUGUUUCAUGUGGUUUGGACCAUCAGCUAGAGUGAACAUCAUGAAUCCUGAGCUUGUAAAAGAAGUAUUUAUAAAAAUGAAUGAAUUUCAAAAAGUAAAGAUAAAUCCACAAGGCAGGAUGUUAGCACCAGGGGUUGCUGUUCAUGAAGGUGAUCAAUGGGUAAAGCACAGAAGGAUUCUCAACCCAGCAUUUCAUCAAGAGAAAUUAAAGAUGAUGUUACCUUUAUUUUAUGAAAGUUGUAAUGAGAUGGUUGAGAAAUGGGAGAAGUUAAUAUCCAGAAAGGAGUCGGUUGAGUUAGAUGUGUGGCCUUAUCUUCAAAACUUAUCAUGUGAUGUUAUUUCGAGAGCAGCAUUUGGAAGCAAUUAUGAAGAAGGCAAAAUAAUAUUCGAUCUCCUCAAAGAGCUAACUACUCUCAUAAUGCCAAUUUUUCAAUCAGUUUAUAUACCAGGUUGGAGGUUUAUACCAACAAAGACUAACAAUAGGAUAAAACAAAUUGAUAAAGAAAUAGAAGCUUCUCUAAUGAGUAUAAUCGGCAAACGUGAAAAAGCGAUGAAAGAGAGUGACGUCACGAAUGACGACUUAUUAGGGUUACUUAUAGAAUCAAAUUUAAAAGAAAUAAAUGAAGGAGAAAAAAGGGCGGGACUGAGUAUAAAAGAAGUGAUGGAUGAGUGUAGACUUUUUUACUUUGCUGGCCAAGAGACCACUUCAGUUCUGCUUGUGUGGACUAUGAUUUUAUUGAGCAAAUUUCCCCAUUGGCAACAACAGGCCAGACAAGAGGUUAUGCAAGUCUUUGGCAUCGAAACGCCUCAUUUUGAUGGACUUAGUCGCCUUAAAGUUGUAACUAUGAUAUUGUAUGAAGUCCUUAGGCUGUACCCACCAGCCGCCGGAACUGCUCGAGUUGUGAAUGAAGAAAUAAAGCUUGGAAAUUUGAUAUUACCUGCUGGAGUUCAGGUAUCUGUGCCCCUAGUGCUCAUUCACCAAGAUCCUCAAUUCUGGGGCAAUGACGCCUCUCAAUUUAAUCCCCAAAGAUUUUCUGAAGGAAUUUCAAAAGCAACAAACAACCAACUUUGCUACUUGCCUUUUGGUUGGGGUCCUAGAAUCUGCAUUGGGCAGAAUUUUGCUCUAGCUGAAGCCAAAAUGGCUUUAGCCCUAAUUUUGCAACGCUUCUCUUUCGAUCUUUCCUUGUCCUAUUCUCAUGCUCCCACCGCACUUGUCACCGUCAAACCCGAGCAUGGGGCUCAACUGGUUUUGACGAAGCUUGAGCCUUAAUUCACAAUGUGAAACCAUUUGGGUAAUAAUUUGUUGUGGUUAGUAAGCUAUAAGUUUUUUACACUUCGCUUAUCAUCGUUUUAUUUGUUAUAUUUGGAUAGUCCAACUUUUAUUUUUCCAAAACAAGAGGUUACUAUCACAAUUUCCGUCAA